UCCGGUGACCCGAAUCAAAGAGCCACAGUGAGAGACCUUCUUAUUUUCUCUUGGCCCCAACGAGUUCCAUUCUCACCGUUGAAGCAGCUCCUACCAUCGCCGGAGAACCAAAAUGCUAGCUCGUCUCGCCGGCCAACGCUUGGCGGAGAUCCGCCAAGCCUUCCGUGGAAUUCCCCAGGCUUCGCGAUCGUUUUCUACUGCACUCAAUUAUCACCUUGACGGCCCUGAUAACAAUCCUGACUUGCCUUGGGAGUUUACGGAGGCAAACAAGAGAAAGGCUAAGGAAAUAUUAUCUCACUAUCCAUCCAACUAUAAGCAAUCUGCAGUCAUUCCUUUGCUUGAUCUUGCACAACAGCAACAUGGGGGCUGGCUUCCUGUUUCAGCAAUGAAUGCGGUGGCUAAGAUUAUUGAAGUUGCUCCCAUUCGUGUAUACGAGGUUGCAACCUUCUACUCCAUGUUCAACCGAUCAAAGGUUGGCAAGUACCACCUUUUGGUUUGUGGCACAACACCUUGUAUGAUACGUGGUUCAAGAGAGAUUGAAGAGGCAUUACUGAAACACCUUGGAGUUAAGCGCAAUGAAGUGACAAAAGAUGGCUUAUUCUCUGUUGGAGAGAUGGAAUGCAUGGGGUGCUGUGUAAAUGCUCCAAUGAUUACAGUUGCUGACUACUCCAAUGGAUCUGAAGGUUAUACUUACAACUAUUAUGAAGAUCUCAAUCCUAAACGAGUUAUAGAAAUUGUGGAGGCAUUUAGAAGAGGCGAAAAGCCACAGCGUGGCACGCAAAACCCACAGCGUCAGAAUUCUGGGCCAGAAGGAGGAAACACUACAUUGUUAGGGGAGCCCAAGGCUCCACCAUGUCGGGAUCUUGAUGCCUGCUGAUCAAAGUCGGUUUCUUUUUUUUCUGGUGUUUCUAAAUUCUAAUAAAUGCUAAAUAGGAUGUUGUAGGGGCAUCCAUCCAAUUGUGUGCUGUUGAUUAUCCAACGCAGCUGAAAAAAGAGAUUAUUUGAUUGUUCUCAUAAUUUCCGUGCUGGUAUGCACACAUGCCCUCUAAAAUUUUCUUCAUUGUUGAAUUUAUGGCUGUCUUGUUUAGCCGCAUAAGCCAGUUUAUGUGUACAACCUGUUGUGAAAUAACUUGAAAUGAGAUGAGAACAGACUUUUUGCUUAUAUGAUUUAUGGAGGAUAAAAAAAGAACUUGGGCACUGUUCACAUCAAA